UCGCGAAUCAGGUCAAAUUUCUUCCCUUUUCUUUGUUUCCGAAUCUCGAAAGUCACAAAAAAUCUGAUGAAUUUCAGUUAAAAAUAAGAAUGAAGAUUUUUAGAGUUGGAUUUGCGAACAAUUGUAAACCCUCUACUUUAAAUUAAAUUGAAGAAGCAGCUUGCUCCUGUUCUCCACAUUCUCUUAGAGUAGUUUGGCUCGAAUUUGAAGAUGUUGUGGGUUGACAAGUACCGCCCCAAAACCCUAGACAAAGUUAUUGUCCACCAGGAUGUUGCUCAAAAUCUUCAAAAGCUGGUGUCAGAGGGAGAUUGUCCUCAUCUUCUCUUUUAUGGCCCUUCCGGGUCAGGAAAGAAAACUCUGAUUAUGGCACUUCUUAGGCAGAUUUUUGGUCCAAGUGCCGAUAAGGUUAAGGUUGAGAACAAGAUUUGGAAAGUUGAUGCUGGUACGAGGACAAUUGAUGUGGAGCUUACAACAUUGUCAAGCACCCACCACGUGGAAUUGAGUCCAAGUGAUGCUGGAUUUCAGGAUAGAUACGUUGUUCAAGAGAUAAUCAAAGAAAUGGCCAAGAAUAGACCAAUUGACACUAAAGGAAAGAAGGGGUUUAAAGUAUUAGUGCUAAAUGAAGUUGACAAGCUCUCAAGAGAAGCACAACAUUCUCUUCGAAGAACAAUGGAGAAGUACAGUGCGUCGUGCCGCCUAAUUCUAUGCUCCAACAGUUCUUCAAAGGUUACUGAAGCAGUCCGCUCACGAUGCCUUAAUGUGAGAAUAAAUGCGCCAAUGGAGGAAGAGAUUGUUAAUGUUUUGGAUUUUAUUGCCAAAAAGGAAGGACUUCAGCUUCCACAAGGAUUUGCUGCUCGUAUUGUGGAAAAGUCAAAUAGGAAUCUGAGGAGGGCAGUCUUGACUUUUGAGACUUGUCGUGUUCAACAGUAUCCCUUCACAAACAACCAAGCUAUACCUCCAAUGGACUGGGAGCAAUAUCUUUCAGAAAUUGCAUCAGACAUAAUGAAAGAGCAGAGCCCUAAAAGGUUGUUUGAGGUUAGGGGAAAGUUAUAUGAACUACUAACAAAUUGUAUUCCACCUGAAAUUAUUUUGAAGAGGCUGCUUUUCGAACUAUUGAAGAAAUUGGAUUCAGAGUUGAAGCAUGAGGUGUCCCACUGGGCUGCUUAUUAUGAGCAUAGGAUGCGCCUGGGUCAGAAGGCUAUAUUUCAUCUUGAAGCAUUUGUGGCCAAAUUCAUGAGCAUCUACAAGAGUUUCCUCAUUUCAACAUUUGGCUAGAAUAGGAGGUCUGAAGUACUAUGGAACUAUUCGGCAGGAGGAAGAACUCAUUUUGUUCCAUUGUACCAAUCUCCUAUGUGUUUUAAUUUUCUUGGGGCGUGUAGUCGUGAUUAGGUAUUAUUGUACCUGAAUCAUAUGCCAAUUUGAUCAAGUAUCUUAUUUCUCUUUUCCUUGAUAUUUUAUCAGAAGGAGGCUUCACAGCUUCUACCUUUGAAGUUGAAAGUCUUAGGCAAAAGGGGGUCCAUCAUGUCUUGGGUCGGAUACAACAGAAAAUGGAAGUGCUAAUGCAUAUAUAGUGAAGGUUAGCCUGAAGCUUGAUCGGCCUUGGUCUUCCCAUUUUUUUUGGAAAAGAAUAGAGGAUUGAAGCUGUGUUCUUUAUUUAGGUUUCUUUCACUCGUAAUUAAUGACCUCACUCAUGCUUUCUCAAACGCGAGCCACACUGGGGAGUCCGAGUCAGUUUGGGAGUUAGCAAAAAGUGUCCGUUUGUGCUGAAAAUUCUUUAAUCACGGUUAUCUUUUUUUGUAUACCGUAGUAUUCAGGGUAAUUUGUGUGUACGCUAUACUAUUUCCCAUGCUACGUUCCUUUUAAUAUGAAUAUCGAGUAUCUUAUCCUAUUAUCCACCGGAA